ACAUCACGGUGCUGGACGAGAAUGACAACAGCCCCCGGUUCGACGUCACCUCCGACUCGGCGGUCAGCGUGCCAGAGGACUGUCCCAUCGGCCAGCGUGUGGCCACAGUCAAGGCCCGGGACCCCGACGCUGGCAGCAACGGGCAGGUGGUCUUCUCCCUGGCCUCGGGCAACAUCGCAGGAGCCUUUGAGAUCAUCACCAGCAACGACUCCGUCGGGGAAGUGUUUGUGGCCAGGCCCCUGGACAGAGAAGAGCUGGACCACUACAUCCUCAAGGUUGUGGCCUCCGACCGAGGCAGCCCCCCACGGAAGAAGGACCACGUCCUACAGGUGACCAUCCUGGAUGUCAACGACAACGCCCCAGUGAUCGAGAGCCCGUUUGGCUACAACGUCAGCGUGAACGAGAACGUGGGCGGGGGCACCGCCGUGGUCCAGGUGAGAGCCACGGACCGUGACAUCGGCAUCAACAGCGUCCUGUCCUACUACAUCACCGCGGGCAACGACGACAUGACCUUCCGCAUGGACCGCAUCAGCGGGGAGAUCGCCACGCGCCCCGCCCCGCCCGACCGGGAGCGCCAGAGCUUCUACCACCUGGUGGUCACCGUGGAGGACGAGGGCACCCCCACUCUGUCGGCCACCACCCACGUGUACGUGACCAUCGUGGACGAGAAUGACAACGCGCCCGUGUUCCAGCAGCCCCACUAUGAGGUCGUGCUGGAUGAGGGCCCGGACACGGUCAACACCAGUCUCGUCACCGUCCAAGCACUGGACCUGGACGAGGGGCCCAAUGGCACGGUGACCUAUGCCAUCGUCGGGGGCAACAUCAUCAACACCUUCCACAUCAACAGACGCACGGGCGUCAUCAGCGCCGCCAAGGAGUUGGACUAUGAGAUCAGCCAUGGCCGCUACACCCUGCUGGUGACCGCCACGGACCAGUGUCCCAUCCCGUCACGCCGCCUCACCUCCACCACCACGGUGCUCGUAAACGUGAACGACAUCAAUGACAACGUACCCACCUUCCCCCGAGGCUACGAGGGGCCGUUCGACGUCACCGAGGGCCAGCCGGGGCCCCGUGUGUGGACAUUCCGUGCCCACGACCGCGACUCAGGUCCCAACGGGCAGGUGGAAUACAGCAUCGUGGACGGAGACCCUCUUGGGGAGUUCCUCAUCUCCCCCGUGGAGGGGGUGCUGCGGGUCCGGAAGGACGUGGAGCUGGACCGGGAGGCCAUCGCCUUCUACAACCUGACCAUCUGCGCCAGGGACAGGGGGGUGCCCCCACUCAGCUCCACGAUGCUGGUGGGCGUCCGGGUGCUGGACAUCAACGACAACGACCCGGUGCUGCUGAACCUGCCCAUGAACGUCACCCUCAGCGAGAGCAGCCUGGUGGCCAGCUUCGUCACCCGGAUCCUGGCCAGUGACGCGGACAGCGGCUGCAACGCCCUCCUCACCUUCAACAUCACCGCGGGCAACCGGGAACGGGCCUUCGCCAUCAACGCCACGACAGGAGUGGUCACCGUGAACCGGCCGCUGGACCGCGAGCGCAUCCCCGAGUACAAGCUGACCAUCUCCGUGAAGGACAAUCCGGAGAACCCCCGCAUCGCCAGGAGGGACUUCGACGUGCUGCUCAUCCUUCUGGCGGACGAGAACGACAACCACCCCCUGUUCACGGAGAGCACGUACCAGGCCGAGGUGAUGGAGAACUCGCCCGCAGGAACCCCCCUCACGGUGCUUAACGGGCCCAUCCUGGCCCUGGACGCAGACCUGGACGUCUACGCCGUGGUGACCUACCAGCUGCUGGGCACUCACAGUGGCCUCUUCGACAUCGACAACAGCACAGCUGUGGUGACCGUGAGGCCGGGCGUGGUCAUCGACCGGGAGGCCUUCUCGCCCCCCGUGCUCGGGCUGCUGCUGCUGGCCGAGGACGUGGGGCUCCUCAACGGCACCGCGGACCUGUUCGUCACCAUCCUUGAUGACAAUGACAACCGGCCCACCUUCAGCCCUGCCGCCCUCACCGUCCACCUGCUGGAGAACUGCCCACCGGGCUUCUCCGUCCUUCAGGUCACAGCCACGGACGAGGACAGCGGCCUCAAUGGGGAGCUUGUCUACCGCAUCGAGGCCGGCGCUCAGGACCGCUUCAUCAUCCACCCGGCCACCGGGCUCAUCCGCGUGGGCAAUGCCACCAUCGACCGGGAGGAGCAGGACUCCUACCGGCUGACCAUCGUGGCCACCGACCGCGGCACUGUUCCUCUCUCGGGCACGGCCAUCGUCACCAUCCUCAUCGAUGACAUCAAUGACUCCCGUCCCGAGUUCCUGAACCCCAUUCAGACGGUGAGCGUGCUGGAGUCGGCCGAGCCCGGCACCGUCAUCGCCAACGUCACCGCCAUCGACCGGGACCUCAACCCCAAGCUCGAGUACCACAUCAUUGGCAUCGUGGCCAAGGAUGACACGGACCGCCUGGUGCCCGACCAGGAAGACGCUUUUGCUGUCAAUGUGAACACAGGGUCUGUGAUGGUGAAGUCCCCGCUGAACCGGGAGCUGGUGGCCACCUAUGAGGUCACACUCUCAGUCAUCGACAAUGCCAGCGACCUCCCCGAGCGCUCGGUCAGCGUGCCCAAUGCCAAGCUGACCGUCAACAUCCUGGAUGUGAAUGACAACACGCCCCAGUUCAAACCCUUCGGCAUCACCUACUACACGGAGCGGAUCCUGGAGGGGGCCACCCCGGGCACCACACUCAUCGCCGUGGCAGCCGUGGACCCCGACAAGGGCCUCAAUGGCCUGAUCACCUACAGCCUGCUGGAUGUGGUCCCCCCAGGCUCUGUCCAGCUGGAGGACUCCUCAGCGGGGAAGGUCAUUGCCAACCACACGGUGGACUACGAGGAGGUCCACUGGCUCAACUUCACUGUGAGGGCCUCGGACAAUGGCUCCCCGCCCCGGGCAGCGGAGAUCCCCGUGUACCUGGAGAUCGUGGACGUCAACGACAACAACCCCAUCUUCGAGCAGCCGUCCUACCAGGAAUCUGUCUUCGAGGAUGUCCCUGUGGGCACUGUCAUCCUGACUGUCACUGCCACAGACGCCGACUCGGGCAACUUUGCUCUCAUCGAGUACAGCCUCGGGGACGGAGAGGGCAAGUUUGCCAUCAACCCCACGACGGGUGACAUCUACGUGCUGGCCUCUCUGGACCGGGAGAAGAAGGACCACUAUAUCCUGACUGCUUUGGCCAGAGACAACCCGGGAGACAUAGCCAGCAACCGCCGAGAGAAUUCAGUGCAGGUGGUGAUCCAGGUGUUGGAUGUCAAUGACUGCCGGCCACAGUUCUCCAAGCCCCAGUUUAGCACAAGCGUGUAUGAGAACGAGCCGGCGGGCACCUCGGUCAUCACCAUGCUGGCCACUGACCAGGAUGAGGGCUCCAAUGGGGAGCUGACUUACUCACUGGAGGGCCCUGGAGUGGAGGCCUUCCACGUGGACAUGGACUCUGGCCUGGUCACCACAAAGCGCCCGCUGCAGUCCUAUGAGAGGUUCAACCUGACCGUGGUGGCCACGGAUGGCGGGCAGCCCCCACUCUGGGGUACCAGCAUGCUCCUGGUGGAGGUCAUCGAUGUCAAUGACAACCGCCCGGUCUUCGUGCGUCCGCCCAAUGGCACCGUCCUGCACAUCAGAGAGGAGAUCCCACUGCGCUCCAACGUGUACGAGGUGUAUGCCACGGACAAGGAUGAGGGCCUCAACGGGGCGGUGCGCUACAGCUUCCUGAAGACGGCGGGCAACCGGGACUGGGAGUACUUCACCAUCGACGCCAUCAGCGGCCUCAUCCAGACAGCCCAGCGCCUGGACCGUGAGACGCAGGCUGUGUACAGUCUCAUCCUGGUGGCCAGCGAUCUGGGCCAGCCCGUGCCAUAUGAGACCAUGCAGCCGCUGCAGGUGGCUCUGGAGGACAUUGACGAUAAUGAACCCCUCUUCGUGAGGCCACCGAGAGGCAGCCCCCAGUACCAGCUGCUGACUGUGCCCGAGCACUCGCCGCGUGGCACCCUCGUGGGCAACGUGACGGGCGCCGUGGACGCUGAUGAGGGCUCCAAUGCCAUCGUGUACUACUUCAUCGCAGCUGGCAACGAAGAGAAGAACUUCCAGCUGCAGCCUGAUGGCCGCCUGCUGGUGCUGCGGGACCUGGACCGGGAGCAGGAGGCUGUCUUCUCCUUCAUCGUCAAGGCCUCCAGCAAUCGCAGCUGGACCCCGCCCCGGGGGCCCUUCCCAGCCCUGGACCUGGUGGCUGACCUCUCCCUGCAGGAGGUGCGCGUGGUGCUGGAGGACAUCAACGACCAGCCCCCGCGCUUCACCAAGGCUGAGUACACUGCAGGCGUGGCCACAGACGCCAAGAUGGGCUCGGAGUUGAUCCAGGUGCUGGCCCUCGAUGCAGACAUUGGCAACAACAGUCUUGUCUUCUACAGCAUCCUGGCCAUCCACUACUUCCGGGCCCUCGCCAACGACUCCGAGGAUGUGGGCCAGGUCUUCACCAUGGGGCAUGUGGACGGGAUCCUGCGCACCUUCGACCUCUUCAUGGCCUACAGCCCUGGCUACUUCGUGGUGGACAUCGUGGCCCGGGACCUGGCCGGUCACAACGACACGGCCAUCAUUGGCAUCUACAUUCUGCGGGAUGACCAGCGCGUGAAAAUCGUCAUUAAUGAGAUCCCCGACCGUGUGCGGGGCUUCGAGGAGGAGUUCAUCCGCCUGCUGUCCAAUAUCACGGGGGCCAUUGUCAACACGGACGACGUGCAGUUCCACGUGGACAAGAAGGGUCGGGUAAACUUCGCGCAGACGGAACUGCUCAUCCACGUGGUCAACCGCGACACCAACCGCAUCCUGGAUGUGGACCGGGUCAUCCAGAUGAUCGACGAGAACAAGGAGCAGCUGCGGAACCUCUUCCGGAACUACAACGUCCUGGAUGUGCAGCCCGCCAUCUCCGUGCGGCUGCCCGAGGACAUGUCCACGCUGCAGAUGGCGAUCAUCGUCCUGGCCAUUCUCCUCUUCCUGGCGGCCAUGCUCUUCAUCCUCAUGAACUGGUACUACAGGACCGUACACAAGAGGAAACUCAAGGCCAUCGUGGCCGGCUCAGCAGGGAAUCGCGGCUUCAUCGACAUCAUGGACAUGCCCAACACCAACAAGUAUUCCUUUGACGGGGCCAACCCCGUGUGGCUGGACCCCUUCUGCCGGAACCUGGAGCUGGCUGCACAGGCCGAGCACGAGGACGACCUGCCAGAGAACCUGAGUGAGAUCGCAGACCUGUGGAACAGCCCGACCAGAACCCACGGAACUUUUGGCCGUGAGCCUGCAGCGGUGAAGCCUGAUGAGGACCGGUACCUGCGUGCAGCCAUCCAGGAGUACGACAACAUUGCCAAGCUGGGCCAGAUCAUCCGGGAGGGGCCCAUCAAGCUGAUCCAGACGGAGCUGGACGAGGACGCGGGGGAACGCAGCCCGGGCCAGGGCAGCCUGCGCUUCCGCCACAAGCCGCCCACGGAGCUCAAGGGGCCCGACGGGAUGCAGCUGGCGCACGGCAGCACAGGCACGCUGCUGGCCACUGACCUCAACAGCCUGCCCGAGGACGACCAGAGAGGCCUGGGCCGCUCGCUGGAGACGCUGACGGCGGCCGAGGCCAGCGCCUUGGAGCGUAACGCCCGCACCGAGUCGGCCAAAUCCACGCCCCUGCACAAGCUCCGGGACGUGAUCAUGGAGAGCCCCCUGGAGAUCACGGAGCUGUAGCUGCAGGGGGCCGGGCCCAGGGACCCCACACCUGCGCACAGCUCCCCCCUGCCAGACGCUCGUGCAGCAUCUGAUCUCUACUUCAUAAAAUCGGUUAUUUUUUUAAGAAAAUCAAAAAUGUUCAGUGUCUAAGGACAGGGAAGGAAUCUCACCGGGGUCCCCGAGUGCCGACUGCUGGUUCCGUCCUGAUGGGGGCCAUGUGGGACCCGUCUGCCCGCCCUCUGCGUGGGAGCUCCGUGGGGGCCGCCACGCCAUCCUCGCCCCACAGGACACGCUCAAGCCCCCUCCCCGCGGCUCAGAGCAGACUGUCCCCCAGUCUCCGCUGUAGCGUGUUCGUGUACCCCCCCUCCGCGAUUUCAGUUAGUCCUUCGACAGCCCUCCCUUGGUUCUGCUGAACUGUUAUCACUGAAUGUUUCUGGAAUGGUCUGAAUUUCAAAAAGAAAAGCACCUCACAAGGA